AUGCCAUCAAUAUAUAUACAAUCGUAUUUAAAAAAAAGAAUCGAUGGUUCACUCAUAGUUGCAGAAAAAUUGCUUGCUUCUCAUAAAAUAACUUCUAUAUUUGUACAUAAGAGAGUAUUAAUAAACUCCAAACACAACUACGUAUGCCAUUCAUGUGACGUUAAAGAUUUAACAGAAUUAUUUAUUCCAGCAAAAUCAAUAACAAAUGAACAAUUGUCAACGUAUUGUGAAACUUUAUCAUAUUUAGCAACAGAUUUUAAACAUGCAUUGCAUUCAGAUAUUCAUCGUAUAUCUUAUGAUUUAUUGAAUAAUGAACAAUGUGAAUCAUUUAGUGGAUUAACAAAACAGCAGAUGCAACAAUUAGCAACAGAAUAUAAUUUAAAUGAGGAAAAUAUUUUCUUAUUUUACACAAAGUGUAAUACUGAUAAUAGUGAUCUUCUUCUUAGUGAAGUAUUUGGCAUUUCUCAACGAUCUGUUUCUCGUCACUUUAAUCAGUCUAUUGAAGAUCUUUUUAAUAGUUUAUUUAUGGAUCAAAUGGGUCCCACCACAUGGGACAGAAAAAAAGUCGAUAUAUAUACACCAAUGUUUGCAAAAGAAUUAUUGCAAGUCGGUGUUAACAAUGUUAUAGUCUCUAUGGAUGGCUUUCCCAUAUACAUUGAAAAAUCUGAUGGCACAUUUGUUGGAAUACAAGGUGGUUAUUGUGCAACUGGUCAUAAUAAUGAAGAAAGCAUCAUAAGCUCAUUAACAAAUAAUAAUUAUGCAACUGAUAAUGAUGAUCAUGAUAAUAUUUAUUACAAUCAUAUGGCUCAAACUUUUUUUCAAAAAGAAUUUAAAAAAUAA